UUGCAGUGGAAUCCAAGCACAAACUCACUGACUUUAAUGGAUUAUGGCGUUCCAUGAAUUCAUUUACAGGACUUCAGUCCACACAAAACGGCACUGGGGCUCCAUGACAAGAUUUCAGUAUUGGAACACUGAAGGGUCAGGGACUGGAUACAGCCAGCUCCAAGACAGACCUACCACAGGAUGCAGACAAGCCCAUCAGCCAAGCUGGUGCCACCUCUGGGAAAACAGACUUAAGAAAGAGCAGAACACUGUGUGGCAGUGAGAAGUGAGGGAAAGUGUGAGGAACAGCCCUAUGAACACUUAAGGUCAAAGAGGAGGAGGAAGAGGAGGAGGUGCUCCAGGCACUGGAGCAAAGAUUCCUCUGCAGCUUGUGAAGGGGAGCAUGGUGGAACAGAUACUUCCAUUCAGCCUGUGGUGAGGGCCACUGUGGAGCAGGUAUUUUGUUGCAGCCCAUCCACCCCAUGCCAAAAAGAUGGAUAUUCCCUGAAGGAACUGUGAUCCAUGGACAGGAGCCCAUGCAGGAGCAAAUUCUGACAGAAAACAUGACCUAUGGAGGACUCCCACUGGAGCAGUUCAUGAAGGACUGCAGCCUAUGAGGAAGACUCAUGCUGGAGCAGGAGAAAAGUGUGAGGAGGAAGGAGCAGCAGAGAGGAGCAGUUAUGACCUCAUCACAACCUACCAUGCCCUGUCUGCCAUUUGCUGCUCAAGGAUCUAUUUUAACUGGCAAUAAAUUAAAUCAGUUUUCCCCAAGCUGAGUCUGUUUUGCCCAUGACAGUAACUGAUCUUCCUGAGAGAUAGCCAAUUGGAUACCAGACAAACAAACAAAAGGAGUAAUCAGACUCCACUAACCUUUUUCACCUUGAUUAGGAUGAAGGAUGAAAAUCAGCAGCCCUUUUCUGUGGAACAGGGUUUCUGGAGGAACUUGCUUCUUUCUUUUCGGAUUAUAUUGGCAUAAAGACGUCAGGGUAUUGAAUGGAAAAUGUUGUGAGUUUAUACACGCCAGUCAGUGUUCCAUCACUUUUUGAAGCAGCGUUGGUAAUGCACUGCUGACAUGGCUGAACAAAGGCAACGUGCUUUGUCAACAUCAGGGGAAGCACUAUAUGAAAUCCUGGCCCUAGAGAAGGGAGCAACACAUGAUGAGAUUAAGAAGUCCUACAGAAAACUGGCUCUGAAAUACCAUCCAGACAAGAACCCGGACAAUCCAGAGGCUGCAGAAAAAUUUAAAGAGAUCAACAGUGCUCACGCAACAUUGACUGAUCUGUCCAAGCGAAACAUAUAUGACAAGUAUGGAUCCUUAGGGCUCUAUGUGGCAGAACAGUUUGGUGAGGAAAAUGUUAACACCUACUUCAUACUCUCAAGCUGGUGGGCAAAGGGCCUGUUUGCAGUCUGUGGCCUGCUGACGGGCUGCUACCUCUGCUGCUGCCUCUGCUGCUGCUUCAACUGCUGCUGUGGGAAGUGUAAACCCAAAGCACCCGAAGGGGAAGAGCAGGAGUUUUGUGUGUCUCCAGAAGAUUUGGAAGAGCAAAUCAAGAACGACAUGGAAAGAGAUGGAGAAACUCCUAUCAUGCUUCAGCCGACUAAUGCGACCGAGAAGACACAGCUAAUAGGGGACAGCCGUCGGAGCUAUCGCACAGACUCCUAGAGCCAGCAAACACAACCUGUUGGUGAUUCCCACUGAGAACAAACACACUGAUAAGCUCUGCAGCCUGUGUUUGUAGUUGUCUUUAAGCUAAUCAAGAGUAACCUGAGAGAAUUUCCUAUCAAGGCAGAAUCUCCCUCUAGGCCACUUCCCAUUGGUUGAUAUCUGCACUCUGCAAGGAGAUACCUAGGGCUGCUACAGAGCUCUACCCACCAGCAUACUCAUGGCUUCAAACUGCUAUGCUCAGCAUGGUCUUUCCCUCUAACAAUACUUCCUUUUGUAUAGUUGCUCUCCUCCAGGCCCUUAGCUGUGGGUUCACCUCCCAGACACAAUCCCAAGUCCCUUUCUGGACACACCAGCUCCAUCUCUGCCUGCCCUGGGAAUACUCCUCGCAUGCUGAAGUUUUGCUGGAUGUGAAGCAUUCCCAUGAAGAGAAUCCUGAAAAUGCUCUUUAGCAUAGCUCAGAGGCAAAGUUGAUGACAAGGCAGAUGGGGCUGUCCUUCCAGGAGACUAAAUGCUCUUUGGAAAGCAGUGAACAGCUUGCCUGGGCCCAGCGUUGGCAGUUAUAAACUUGAGCCAGGACAAAGUGCUUGGAGAUUGUUCUGAAGAUGGUUACAACAUGGGUCACUCCAAAUCCUGUAGCCUCAUCCAGCACCAGAAGCACACAAGGGCUUUGUACCUUCACCUGCAAACACAGGAGAGGGUGGGCAAGCACCCUGUGGAGGGGAAGGCUGCCCUGGGCUGCCUCAGUGCCUCUCUCCUGUCCCCAUAGCUGGUGACAGCCCCAAGGCAAAGCUUCCCUGAUCCUGCCCAGUCAGGCCUGCUGCCCAUGUCAUGCGGCCCUGGCUUCUCCAGCUGCAGCUGCAGUGUGCUGGAAAUUGAUCCCCAGCCAGCAGCUUUCAGCUGGAGUUCUUAUUGUACCAUGCCCCUGGCUGCUGGCCCCACUGCCCUGCUGGAACUGGGCUGGGAGCCACUGCACCAGCGCUGGCAACCACAGCUGUGGAACCAGCAAGGACUCGGCAAGGCAGGCAAGCAGCAGAGGAGCAACUAUCCUCACAGCCCAGGUCCUCCCCUCUGCCCCAGGCACAGGGGGUUUAAGAGCACAUGGCAUGAUUUAAAAUAAAGAGGUAGGGAUGAGGUGUAUUGCUGGUGGGUACAGCAUGAAGAAAGUAAGCCCCUAAUUUGUAAGAAAGAGAUGAAGAAACACCUCUUAGAUCCUAAACUUAGCCCUUCUGUGGUUGGGCAUAAUAGUUCAAGCCUUAGACAGCUGCAUUUCUUCUUAAUCAUUAUGUUACACCAAUCACUGUCAGUCCUGUAUGUUUGCUAUUUCUGCUCUUCUAAUCAAAGUGCUGUGGUCCAAAGGGGGGUAUAAUGUUACACUAUACUAUAUAGACCAGUGAAUACAUAGCUAGUCAAAAACGUUAAAAUUGGAUCCUGCAGUUGUGAAACAUUAUUAUCUUUCUUCUAUUCUCACCUUUCACAUCAAAUGUCAUCCCACAGCAGCUAAAUAUAUGGGAAAAGAGUGUGUUUCAUAGACCCAGCUGUAACUUCGAAGUCAAGAAAUACUACUUUCAACAUUUCUUUAAAGUUCCCGUAACACACGGACAUUUUAAAAGCCAUUAAUUCCACUUCAGGUUAUAUAUCUGUUCUCCAAGUGCAGGCAGUGGGGCCAGCUGACAUACACAUUGCCCUCAGAAAUAGCCCUAUUUUUCUGCCCCAGAGUAAAGUCCUGGCAUGGCUGGGGCUGUGCACAGGCACUCACUUUCCUCCUCCCCAUGGGCUCCUCUUUGUCCUCAGUUGUAUGUUGCAAUACUUUGGAGGCCACUCAUAUGUACGUAAAUCCAGGGUGCCAUCCUGCCUGCUAAGCGGUGCUGCGGGAAUGUGCCCAUCCAUCCCAGUUGUGGAUGUGCUUUGGUGGCACCAUCCUGCUGCUGAGGGGAUGUGAGCCCAGAAGACACAUUCAUGUGCUGCGCACCUUACCUCUGGGUGGCCAGACUAUCUCCUGCUCCCAUGGAAGUCAACAAGAUUUACACCCUUGAUUUCAACAGCAGCUACAGAGCAGGCCUAAAACCAGGGAGGGAAAGGGAAAUCCCAGAUUAGCAAAAACAAUGGGGGGGGGGGGGGGCGAUUGUUUCACAUACAACACCUUUGACAUCCCUCAGGGCCCCAUUAUGGGCCAGAGCCAAAAUUUACUGAAAUCAAGGAAGUAAUCUCCAUAGGCUUGAAAUGUGACCACGAGUCAUGUGGUUCUUAUUUGCUCUUUCUAAAUGAGACAUUUUUCUUGGGAAAGGUUUAUGACUCGAUCCUGCAGUGUGAUGCAAAAGUAGACAAGCUGCUGCAUGUCUGCAAAGCCCUUUUACAGACACAGGGACCUGUACUA